AUGUGCGAUUCCAACAGCCGGGAAGGAAAAAACGGAGUAGAAAAUAAGAAUCGGAGACUGCAUCUGGUUGAGAAAUUUCAGAAGGGCGCCCUCAGUAUGGGGUCCGUGAAUCUCUUUGCUGCACUCGCCGUGAUUGUGUUUCUUGUUCAUCAUGCACAAACAGUAUCAGCAACGUGUUCUAUGGACAGCGAUUGCUUGAAUGGAGGAACCUGUAACGCCAGUACAUCAACCUGCAACUGUACAUCAGACUUCACAGGCACAAACUGCGAAAAUGAAAACUGUGACAUACUAGAAAUUCCUUUCUCAAAUCAUACAAUGAAUGAAACGUUGGAGCAUGGUGCAAGUAUAGUUGUAGCUUGUGGCACUGGCUACUCAACCGGCAAAGGCACUUUGACAGAGCUCAUGUGCGAUAAUGGCACACUUUCCGAAUCUCUCGUCUGCUAUGCAAACUGUGACAUACUAGAAAUUCCUUUCUCAAAUCAAACUAUGAAUGAUACGUUGGAGCAUAAUGCAAGUAUCGCUAUAGCGUGUAACAUGGGCAACUCUACCGGUACGGGCAUUGUAACAGAGCUCAUGUGUAAUGAUGGGACCAUUUCUCCAACUCCUCCUGUCUGUUAUGAAAACUGUGACAUAGAUGGGAUUCCUCUCUCAAAUCACACAAUGAAUGGUGAGUUGGAGCACGAUGCAAGUAUCGUUAUAGCUUGUGAAACUGGUUUCUCCACCGGGAUGGGCAAGCUAACAGAGCUCAUGUGUGAUAACGGGACACUUUCUGCACCUCUUCCAAUCUGUUAUGAAAACUGUGACAUACAUGGAGUUGCUUUCUCAAAUCUAACAGUGAAUGAUACGAUAUUGGAGCAUGAUGCAAGUAUCGUUAUAGCUUGUAACACUGGCUACUCCACCGGCAUGGACACUUUAACAACGGAGCUAAUUUGCAAUAACGGGACACUGUCUGCAUCUAUUCCAGUCUGUUAUGAAGCCAAAUCCUAG